AUGCCGCGCACUCCCAAGUGGAUCCCGUGCGCCUGUGGGUACCACUGGGCCUGGAAACGCCAGGACGGUCGCACUAAAGGCAAGGGAAAAGGAGAGGGAAAGGGUUCAAAGAACCCUCCAGGUGGCAAAGUCGGCGCGGUACUCGCGGGUCUUUGGAAAGACCUACCAGAGGCUGCCCAGAAAGCCUUUCAGGAGGUCGGGUACAGCCCACCUCGGCCGAAAGGGCCGCCGCCACCCCCGCCAGGACUGGACCUCCAGUCCCUCCUUAAGGGUAGGAUGACCGAGAAGGAGUACAACGCUGCCAGGGCCGUGGUCUAUGCGGGGGCAGGGCUCCACGUCCAGACCCUUUUGGAGGCCGCGGGAAUCCCCCCUCCACCCGAUGAGGACCUCGACCAGCCUGAGCCCACGCCCCAAGAGAAGCUGACCAGGUGUGUCAGCGACUUCAAGAAGGCCACCAACCAGAUGAAGAAUCUGGUGGAGAAGAAGGCCAAGCUCCAGGCCCGAGCGGACAAGCUCAAGCAGGAGCUGGAAAAGCUCAUUGGGGACGUGGACCAGGUCGACAAGGACAUCAAGGCCAAGGAUGUCGAGAUCCAGGAAACGGCCAAGGCUUUCAAAGAGAUGACGGCGGACUCCACUAGCACCGCCUUCAGCGCCCUGGAGGCGGUCCUAUCGGAGGCUGGCCAUGAGCUCAAUGAAGCCACCCGCGCCAAGAUGAAGGCUGCCUUGGUCGGGAAGGAGGACCUCCCCCCGGACCCCUUCAUCGUGGGUUUCAGAGGGCCUGAUGAGUACUUCCCUCGGGGGAUGCCCCCCAUGUACGGGCCUGCCCGCACCGAUCCGCAUGGGAAGCGCCCCACACCUUUGGAAGGGACGAAGCCAGAGGGAGCUGCAGGCAGCGACAACCCCGAAUAG